AUGGGGUUUGUGGACAACAUGAUGCAAGCGAAAUCGACGAAAGUGGUUUCAUCUUCCGGCAGCAGUGCUUCCCGCGGUGGCGGCAGUGGUCAUGACGAUGGUGAUGGUGGUGGUGGUGGUCGGGGUAAGUUUAAGCCGCCGAGGGUUUGGUGUGUUAGGCAUUACCCCCCAAAUUGUGGGCCUUGUAGUCGUUCUAGACCAGAUGGGUCAGCAGCAGUCUCUAGUCUUAGCAAUGGAGAUGAUGACUCCGGUUUUGGACUUUCUGCAACUAAUGUGGAAGCUCUGGAUUUAGAACCAGAUAGUAACUUGGGAGUUUCUAGUUCUAGUGUUAUAAAUCCAGUGCGCUUGGAGAGCUGCACCAGUGUUGUUCCUGAUGAUUGUUGUGGUUUCAUUGGACAUCCUGUGGCUAAGAUCGAAUCCCGUGAUUUAAGAGUGUCUGAAAAUUUGUAUGAGACAGAUAUUCUUGGGGAAAUGGAUACUGUCAAGUCAGAGUUAAAGAGUCCAGCAGUGUCACCUGACUAUACGAAUGGAUGCUUAGCAGAUAUGCCGGAAUCUGUUGGUACUUCACUAUCAGAAUCAUGGAAUGCGGCAGCGGUGAAUGAACAAGGAGAAGUUUCAAACUGUGAGAUUAUUGGUUCGCUACAACAUUCUUCCAAGGCAGAUGUUACUGGUCCCUUGAAAGAAACUUCCAUGCAUAAAUAUCCUCCUAGGAGAAAAGUGUCAGCUGUUAGACACUUCCCACCAAACUGUGGAAGAAAUGCUAAACCUCCUAGUAAGCAAGAACAAGAGAAAUUAGGUGCUGUGGAAGAGGUCAAAGAUGUUAGUAUGGAUGGUGGAGCUCACAGGGGCAGGUCUGAAAGCAAUGUCCCAGAACAGAAGCAUGUUAAGGUUCACGUGAAAUAUUCUAGUGAGAAAGCAACGAAGAGUGGUGAUGAAGUCGAAAUUUGUUCUGGGAAUGUUGCAAGGGUUGAUCAAGAAUGUGGACCUGAUAGAGGCAUUAGGUCACAUUAUCAGAUUGGGGAAAAGUCUAAGGUAGUCCAUAAGUCUGAUAACAAAGAAGAACUGAAGGGGCUCUUGCAGCCAGAAUCUGUUGUUUGUAAGGCAAAGGUUGCUGCCGAAAGACACAGCAAAAAGCUUACUGUCUCUGAGGAGUUUGUUGGUCUCAAUGUUGCAUCAGAAAGGGCGGUGGUGGUAGGUCUUAUGGCCUCGACUGCCAAUUCUUUGAUCAAGGUAGAUAACUUACUUAGUGAUGGAAGUGAAAGGAACAAUAAUACUAAAAAACAAGCUACAACACAAGAACAAAGAAAAUCGGUUACCUCGGUGAAGGUCAAACCAUCAUCUAAACCCACAAGACAUGAAUUUUCUAGGGGGGAUGAUGAACUAGAUGACACAAAGGAAAAUGAGAAAUGUGUUGGUUCCCAAUUAGUUAGGAGGAAAACUAAUUUAAGUGUGAAUCUGACUCCUUUUGGCACUACCACUUCCAAAGGCUCCAACAGUGCAAGAAAGAAGGUGAGGGAAGUAUUACGCUUAUUCCAUAUUAUUUGUAGGAAGUUGGUGCAUGAAGCAGAAAUAAACCCCAGCCAAAGAAAAAAUCUCAAACGGGUCGACUGUAUUGCUGCCAAAGAGCUGAAAAAUAGAGGAAUGUGCCUCAAUGAAGGCCAGCGUAUAAUUGGAGCUUUUCCAGGAGUUGAAGUUGGUGAUGAGUUUCUGUACCGAAUGGAGCUUAACAUUAUUGGUUUUCAUCGCCAGACUCAAGCCGGUAUCGAUUGUAUGCAACAAGGUCAAGAUUUGUUAGCAGUAAGCAUUGUAGCAUCAGGUGGAUAUGAGGAUAACUUAGAUAGCUCAGAUAUAUUAGAUUACACAGGUCAUGGUGGAAAGACUAAAGAUAAGGAAGCUGAAGAUCAGAAGCUUGAAAAAGGUAAUCUUGCUUUGAAGAAUAGCAUUAAGGCAAAGAAUCCUGUAAGAGUGAUUCGUGCAGAAAUGAAAAUGUCGAAGGUUUAUGUAUAUGAUGGUUUAUACACCGUGGAGAAGUAUUGGCAAGAGCCAGGACCACAUGGUAAGCUAGUUUUCAAGUUUCGGAUGGUUCGAGUUCCGGGUCAACCAGAGUUAGCUUGGAAACAGGUGAAGAAGUCUAAAAAAUCCAAAGUCCGGGAGGGCUUGUGUGUGGGUGAUAUAUCUCAAGGGAAAGAGUUGAUUCCUAUAUGUGCCGUGAACACAAUAGACGAUGAGAAGCCACCAGCAUUUAAGUACAUCACUCGGAUGAUAUAUCCGAAAAACCUCACCCCUCCCAGUGGUUGCAACUGUAGAAAUGGGUGCACUGAGUCAGGUUCGUGCUCUUGUGUGGCGAAGAACGAUGAUCAUAUUCCAUACAACCAUAAUGGAGCAAUUGUUGAAGCGAAGGAUCUUGUCUAUGAGUGUGGCCCUUCAUGCAAGUGUCCGCCUUCUUGCUUCAAUAGAGCCAGUCAGCACGGAAUUAAAUUCCAGCUCGAGAUUUUCAAGACGCAUUCGAGGGGUUGGGGUGUUCGAUCCUUGAACUCGAUUUCUUCCGGGAGUUUCAUUUGUGAGUAUGUUGGAGAACUUCUUGAAGAUAACGAGGCCGAACGAAGGACUAAUGAUGAGUAUCUGUUUGAUAUCGGUGGGCAUAGUGAUGAAGAAGAUGCGCAGGACUCUAACUUCACAAUUGAUGCUGCAGAGUUUGGUAAUGUGGGGAGGUUCAUCAACCAUAGUUGCUCCCCUAAUCUUUAUGCCCAGAAUGUGCUCUAUGAUCAUGGGAAUCGGAAGAUUCCUCAUAUAAUGUUCUUUGCUGCUGAGAACAUUCCUCCUUUGAGAGAGUUGACUUACCACUACAACUAUCAGAUAGAUCAAGUUUGUGAUUCGCAUGGCAACAUCAAGAGGAAGAACUGCUACUGUGGUUCUGCAGAGUGCACGGGUCGGAUGUAUUAA